UAUCUGCACUUCUGACCAUAUAUGAGUUAAGGGCCACUACUCACAUAUCAGAGCUGUUAUCGUUACGAGGAAGUGGUAGUACAGUGUCUGAGCUUCUGGAAGUGAAAUCUCGUUCCAGAACAGGAUCUAAAUAAAAAAAAAAAACUCAGCUGCUCAGUUCUGUGCUUGGAUGGCGUUUUCACGUCUAAGCCGCCUCGGAUCAAAAUGUUUGGCGUGCGCUGUUAUAAGAAAAUAAUCAACGACUGGGUGGUGUGAUGGUGAUACCACUCCGAAGUUGAUUUUGUUUCAAUGACAACAUGUCCUAAAUGUUUUGUUCUAUAUUUUAUUCCACAGCAGUUUGCAAAAGCUAAUAAAUUUUCAUUUGUGAAAGAAUGGCACGUCAUACUUUUUAAAUCAUUUACAGUAUAGUGUCGUUUAUUGUUAUGGAAUGUUAGCAAAGCAAGUUUGUUCCUGUUAUCACUUACGCACCAGCUGUUCUGUCACCAGCAUUUCAGGUUAAUAAGACAAAAAAAAAUGCACCUUGUCAUGUUACAGCGAAACUGAAAGUAAAAAAAAAAAAUAAUCCAUUUGUGUGGUGUCCUCCAUACAAGUCCCUUUGGACAGUUUGUUAUGUAUACAAUAUAAUGUAUUCGAUUAAUAUAAACAUUGCAUUCUGCACUCGUCUCAGAGCCACUGUUAUAGAAAAUUACUUAGCACCUUCUGACCAGUUGGAAUGAAUAAUUCAGCAGCACUGUGGUGUAAAUAAAUGUCAUCAUGAAAUAAUAAAAGGAAAUAAUAAAUCAGUAAAUAGUUCAUUGUGUGUUGUGAGCAUCUUGACCAAUCCCAGUUGUUUCACAUUGUUGGGAUUUAAUGAAUCACAGCAUGUGUAUGAUCCAAUAAACAUGUUGUUUGUAGUGAAAUUAUGGUUAAAAAAAAGAAAAUAAAGAAGCUUUUCUUCCAUGUAUUGUGAAGCAGUGUGUAGCUACAUGAUGUCUGCUGCCUCCUCUGUGCCAUUGUGUAACAGCAGGUCAUGUGCACACGUUUGUGUAUAAUUUGCACCAUGCCUUGUUAAUUUGUUCACAGCUACUCAGUGUGUUGUCUGUGCUUUGUUUAACUUUCACUGUCGUCUGUAAGUAAAUCACAUCUGCUACAGCGUUGUAGGCUCUUCAUAUCAAGUUAAGUCUGCAUCUUGCUUUGUUUGUCCUUCAUACUGCGGUUACUUAAAGGUCAAGUGAACUGAUUUAUUGUGAAUCCACUCAUAUACAUAUUGUGCAAUAUGCAACAAGGAGGCAGGACACAAAUCUAGCAUUGCUGCCUCACAGCUCCAGAGUCACCGGUUUGAUCCAUGUUCUCCUUGUGUUCAUGUGGGUUUCCUCGCGUGUGAGUCCUUUGAGUUUUCCGGUUUCCUCCCACCUACUGAAAUAUGGCAGUAGGUGAAUUGGCUAUUCUAUAUUGUGCCAAGGUGUGAAUGAGUGUGUGAAUGUGUUUGUGCCUGCUGCUAGUGUCCCAUCCAGAGUAGUUUCCUGCCUUAUAUGCAUAAUGUUCCCAGAAUAGGCUCCAGAUCCAUCACAGUCCUGACCAGGAUAAAGUUCUUACUGAAGAUGAAUGACAGGAGCAGAAUUAUGAAUGAUGUUCCCUAAGAGUACAGAGUAACUCCAGAUAGCAUGCUGGUGGUCCGGUAUAAUAUAGAGCUUGUUCGGAACUGUGAAGAGAUUUUGUUUUCGGUUGUUUACCCUUUGAUUUUACUUUCGAAAAUGUGUGUAUGUGCAUAUCCUCCUGCUUGUUCUGUUUAGACUUUAGACUCCUUCCUCAGCAAGCGUCACUUCCUUUUCACAAGCUGCUGCAGUCAAUCACCCUAUUCAGCUUUGUGUGUGUGUGUGUGUGUGUGUGUGUGUGUGUGUGUGUGUGUGUCCUCACUGGCCUUAUCCCAUUCCCUCCUGCUAAUGGCCCCUCCUUCCCUUGAUACACUGUUCCACUGACCCACCCAUCCCCCUUCAGUCACACACCCAUGCCACAUGAGGCCCUGCAGUCUGACUCAGUGGAGAAAGUUACCCCAGCCAGAUUGUGCGUAUGUGUGUGUGUGUGUUUGUGCCAGACUUUCCUCUGCUGAAUCGCACUGCUCUGCCCUGCUCUGUCUACACUGGAAGAUCCAGCAUUGAUUGAUCUCUGUCUCUGAAGCUAUCAAGCAGACCCAGCAUGGCGCGUCGAGUUGGGAGGCUAAGCAGGCAGGGAACGUCAGAGGAACUCCCUGAGCUGAAGGAGGUGGCCGGAGAGGUGACAUACCAGAUACCAGUGGUGGCUGUGGAAGAUGUGGAUGGAGCUGUUGAGGACUCUGCAAACAAUGAAGAGGAAGAUAGGAAGAGGAAAACUGCACAGGAAGAGGCAGCACAAAGGGAAAGGGCUGCUCAGAAGCAGAUCAUGGCCAUACAAGAGCUGGUGGACACAGAGAGGAGCUACUUGAAGCAUCUGCAGAUUUGCACAGUUACUAUCCGCAGCAACCUACAGAAGAUACAGCCCCCACUGGCCAAUCUGGAUGGAAUGUUCCAGCACAUUGACAAAGUGAUGGACGUGUCCGGCCGACUCCUGAGCAUCCAGGAACAGAUGAAGCCCAGUGAUCCUCAGUACCUUGAAACUCUCUGUGGUUCUUUCCUGCGUAUGUCAGAAGACAUAGAGAUGGCAUACAAGGAAUAUCUGGCCAACUAUAAUAACAUCACAGCUUUAGAGGACAGCUACAAGCAGAAGGAAGCCCAGUGGCUAGAAAUGGUGAAAGUCAUCAAGUCCUCUGCACCGGAUGUGAAUGCCUCUACUCUCAGCUUCUUCUUGGUGAUGCCUGUACAGAGAAUUGCCCGCUACCCCCUGCUGCUGCAGACCAUACAGAAACACACUGAUACCCAGCAUCCUGCCUACUCCCUGCUGGAGCACAUGGCUCACACCACCGUCCAGCUCAACUGCAGGAUUAACGAGUACAAGCGCUUCCGUGAAGUGGCUGAUAAGUACAAGAAGACAGAAAACCUGACCAUCAAAGACAAGAUCAACCGACUGAGUGGUCACAGCAUUGUUAAGAAGACAGCCAGACUGGGCCAGUACAUUAAACAUGAAACCGGUAUUGUACCAAAGCUAAAGGAUGAAGAGUUUGAUGCCCUUGCAGGCUUUUUCUUUGUUUUGGAGAAGGGUGUCACAGAGCUGCAUGCCAACAUGGCAGCCUAUCUCAGCCAUCUGCAGAGAUUCCUCAGCUGUAGCCCAGAGGAGGCCGACUUAGACCUGGAGGGUGAGAAGGCUGGCCUCUUCGCAAAGGAAAUUACCGUUGCACUCAGGCAGUGGAUAUUCCCUGUUUAUGAGGCUCGUCUGAAGACUCUGGUAUUCAAACCUUUAUCCUCUCUGUGUGAGCUGAUGGCUGGGCCACAUAACCUGAUCCGCAAGAGGCAGGACAAGCUGCUAGACUUCGAGAUGAUUGAGGAGAAGAGUAGCCUGAGCUAUGAUGAGCAGGCCAUUGCAAACACCUACAAGACUAUGAACACACUGUUGCUUAACGAACUGCCUCAGUUCAAUGCCAAAGCCCUGCAGCUGCUGUGGGCCACUCUAGGUGCAUUCAGCUGCCUGCAGAAGGACCUGGCUAUGGAUAUGGAACAGCUCACCACCAGCUUUACUCAUCAGCUCCCACAUACUUAUCUGGACAGCAAUGCAUUCUGGGAGUGGGCAGAGAGCUCAGUGCUGGAGGGUGCCAGGAAGCUGGAGAUGCUAUGUCAGAGCGUUCAGGAUGAGCUCAACGCUCCCAUUGUGCAGCCCGUUGUUGCAGUGUCUGAGAAGCGUCUGAAAGUACUGAUUGACAGACAUGGCACAGAAAAGCUCUACCAGCUGACCGGGCCUGUGGUGGCCACACGUGACCUCGACCUCACCCUGAACAAAGGCGAGCUGGUGGCUGUGAUCAGCGAAAUGGACACGCGAGGAGACCGACGCCGCUGGCUGGUGGACGCAGGAGGUCCCAGGGGUUAUGUUCCAGCAUCCAAGCUGACUCGCUACAACCAUGUUGCCAUGGCACAGCCUCCUCCUUCCCCACUUCUCAGUGCUACAUCCAGUGGUCCAGGAACAAGGAGACACUCAUACACAUCGGGAAUACAGCCCGUCAUCACCAUGGCUAGGCCCUGCUUCCAGGUGUUUGCGGGGUACGACUUCAUGGCACGGAGCAGUCACGAGCUGUCUCUGCGGGCCGGAGAACCGGUGCGGGUAGUGGAGCCCCACGAUAAGAAGGGCAAUGCCGAGUGGAGUCUGGUGGAGGUGCGAGGUCAAAGAGGCUACGUCCCCUCCAACUACCUCACCAUGCUGCCUUCAGUGGUGGCAUCACCCACCCUGCCCUACCACUAGAAUCUACUACCAUAGCAUGUCUCCAUGUGCACUCCAAACACACCCACACACACUGGUCACCAUGUGCACACACUCUUACUGAAGGGCUCUCCAUGUGAGUGUGGGCAGAUGAUGAUUCUGCUGUCCAGUCUGUGAGCUGGAGUGGUGCUUGGGCCUCACUGGGAGUCUCAACUGCAGAUCCGCUCCAUUUAAAGCUGCUAUAGAGGGAGCUGUUUGUCACAGCCGCACUACCAGGUGGAGAUGAGCUGUGCGGCGCUGAUGGAGUGUGUGCUGUGUGGGUUUAACAGACUCUUCAACAGAAUUAUUUGUCUGUGCGAAUUGCUCUCUGACUGAGUGUGAUAGUGGGCAUAAAGUGAUAGAGUGAUGGGCUAAUGAACGGGAUGAUGGACGGGUUCUAUGCCUCGGGCCCUACUCUGCAGUAUCUGUCGCUGACUCUCAGAGGAACUUAAGAACCUUGAGCUUUGCUGUUGACUGUGGAUCUGAAGGCAUGAGUCAGCUCUGAUAAACCUGACUACCAUGCAGAAGGGGACAUAAUGGCUAAAUUUGGAUGAGCUUGAGGUUAUUUAUUUUUUUAAACACUGUGAGACUGUUGUCAGUGUUAUGUUAUGGGGCUUACUACUGAUGUUUUUAUUUGAAUUGAAUGUGAAAUAAUUCCUGAGUGAAAUGUGUACUAGGUACUGGAAUGUUUUUAGAACUAUGAGACACUGUAGUAUGUACAUAUGAAGGUGUAUAAUAUUCAGAACAUUGAAAAUAUUUGUUUAAACCUGGAAUUGUGAAUUGCAAAAUAUUACUAUAUUUUAACACUGGAUUAGCAUUGCAUUGUAGUUGUGUUUUGGCAUUUUUUGCACAAUGUGUUGCACUGAUUUACCUACUGAGCAUUUCUGUGGAUUAACAAAACUUCAGCAGAAGCCACUGUUGCACUGAAUGCAGAGAGAAUACCUGGCUUGCUGCAGUGUCUGCCUGCCUGCAGUUACUGUAGCAGUCCACUAGGGGCAGCACAGCUCCAUUCUCACAGCCUCUCCCUUCCCUGGAAUAAGCUUAUUCUGUCCACUGAUUUACUCACCACAUGUUCUCAGAAGUAAUCAUGGACUCUCUUCGCUGUCCAGUGUUGUGUGGAAUUGCUCAAAAAAGCAUUGUGGCUUCUGCUCUAAGCAUUACCUCAGUAGAAUUGAGCUUAAACCAAGAAAACAGUGGUAGAAUAAUCUCUAGACUCUGGUGAGAAGCAGGCUCUGUCCUUCUGUUCCAUGGUAAAGCUUUACUCUGAUACUGGAAUCAUUUUAAUUUAUUUUUAUUUAUUUUACUAGUCAAAGUCUUACAAAGUUUAAGGACAAGAACAUCAGUAGUUUGCUUUUUUGAACUUAUUAAAUUAUCCAGUUCCUCAGAACAA